AUGGACCAAGCGAUGAAUGUUAAAGCUGGAAUGAAGUCGCAGACUUUCCGGAACUGUAGACUUCAGAUUGUCACAGGCGAGCACUCGCUUUCCACGCAAGAUGGGGGCGAGUGUGUCGUGGAUGUUUUCGAGGACACAAACAACAACUCGCUCGAUAUUCGCAUACGAAGCGGUGAGUAAUAUUUGUCGACAACAGCGCGUAUUUGUAUAUUCCUUAGCAGCUUUAAGGUGAAAGGUUUGUAACUUAUUUUGUUGACGGUUUUUUCCUGUUCAGGUAAUGAAUACAUGCCUAGUUUUAAAGUUACAAGAGAAAGCGAUCACUGCCAAAUUGGAAGAUUGAGGUAUUUGAUCGACCUACCCGAGCAGAAUUUGAGCGUCCUUCUAAGCUUUACGCAUCGAGAAGGUAAAUAUGAGAGAAGUUUACAAAAAAUAUGUCAAGAUAAAUCCAAGGUUAGGGUGAAAUAGGUGUCUUUCCGCGAACAACGGUUGAUUGCCAGCUAGCUCAUACAUAAUGAAUACGGUUUAGUUAAGCUUAUAUAUCUUUUUGAUGUUGCGAUACUAAUGGAAUCCAUUUCCUAAUAGCUAAUCAGUGGGUUUCUAAGGUGUAUUCCAUUACCACCAAAAAACGAAACCAAAUAACUGAAAAACAAAUACGGCCUUUGAUAAUUUUUUUAUUUACUUUUAAACUACUGGGAAACAAAUAAAAAACUAGCCUUAUCACGGAGAGACAAAACAUAUUUCCAUUUCUUGAAAAUGCAUUAUUAAGAUUUACAAGGUGAAGUGAAUUCCAGUCCCUUAGUGAUUGGUGUCAAUUCGCUCCAUAUACGUGUGUCAAUUCACUUACCAUUGCCAAAAAUUAUUUGUUUAACAAAUGAUGUUGAAUUACUGCGUCUGUUUUACUUUUCUAGUCUUUUUGUAAAUGUUUGUUUUAAACUAUCAAAUGUGACAUUUGUUUGAUGGGUAGUAUUCAUUCAAAAGUCAGAAAAGAUAAUUUAUUUAGUGGUACAUCAGUAACCUUUUCUUCUUAUAACUGUCAUGAUAAUGAAAGAAACAAGAGAGAAGUUUGUGUAGUGUUUUUGUAAGGUAGUUUCAUUAAACCAUGAAACUAAUAAGAGUCAACAGGAAUCACAGCGAGGUGCCACAUGGUAUAAGCUAAGCUCAUGUGGCAUCCUCAUAAAUUUUAUGUGUUGUUGAGUGAAAAAUUUGGCUGCCCCUCAACUGAGAUCUUAGCAAGCAGGAUGCGAAUCCUGGCCUUAUUACAUGUUAUUAAUGGGAGGCCGUGCUCAGACUCGCUUUAUUGAGCUGGGGGACAAUGAUGUUUUGAUCCAUGGGCGGAUUGAGGGGUACUCUGAGGAGACUGCAAACCCCCCCUUUUUCUUUGAAUUUUUUUAUUUUUUUUAAAGAAUUUAAGUAAAAUAAAAUAGUAUCUAUAUAGCUGGCAAGUUUGCCCCCUGCCCCCUUUUUGAAUUUUCUGGAUCUGCCCCUGUUUCCCCUUCUUUUUUGGGUAAUAUUCAGAUAUUGCUAUACACAGGGAGAGUUGUGUAAUUUUAUAGAGCUGCUUUUCAAAAUUUUAGUUUUUUUAUGUCAGAUAAAUCUAGAAAGAGCAGUAGAUCUGCUCUUUGACAUGUAGGACAGCAAACACGUGUAUAUCAUACUUUCCUAGAUGUCGUUGACUUUAAAGAGCUGCUAAACGCAACCACUGGUAGGAUGAAAAAACGCUCAGUUUUCAAUGAAAGAACAGAAAAAGCUUCAGCCAGUCAAUAUUUUCAGGUGAGAAUAAGCAAAUGGCUGCUGGAGACAGGUGAUUGAAGUACUUUUACAGUAAAGUUUUAUUCAUUCAAUGGAUUUCAAAGUUUCCAUUUGAGGUUAAAAUUUUGCAGAAGUUCUUUCAUUUUAAUAUUGAUGCACUUUAAGCAUAGCAUAGCUAUGCAUCCAACUUGCCAGUUAGAACUAGAAUUGUUAUGAUGCUAUUGAUUCUGGUGUGGUUUAAGUUGAGAAAGAGGCAAGCUCUUCUAAACAAAAAUAUGAACUUGUUCUCUUUCUAGCUGUGGUUUAGUUUUUUGUUUGUUUAAAUUUUAUCUUUUAUAUUUUUUGUGGGUAUGAGACUGUAUGGUAGUUACUUUCAAGCAAUGGGAUUAAUUAAAAUUUUAGCCAAUGAUAAAAUCUUUAACCAACAACUUAGUUUUGCAUGAAAUAAUCUUACUGGGGCAUGCUCUUCUAAGUUGCAUCACAAAAAUGCCUGUAAAACAUCAGACAUCACAUGAGUUUAUGUAACAGUGCUCUUCCUUAUUUUCACUCCCUGAAAGGUGUUUAACAAAUUUUAAACUCUCAUAAAAUAAAAAAAACUACGAUUCCAGUCCACCCUAGAGUUUUCUUGUUAAAACAAAGCUCAAACCGAUCUUCUGUUAUUGUUGGUAUUGUCUGGCAUUAUUUUUACAAUAACUUUUUUACACCCUCAUACUGCAGAGAUUGUCAUUAAAUAUCAUCCCAUAACAUGUCAUUCACCAUGUCUAAACAGGGCUUGAAAAAACUUGAAUUCCGGCUUGUCCUUUGGGUAAGCAGCUCUCAAAUUUUGCUCACUCGGGUCACGAUUUUUUUUAGACUAUGACUUCCCUGGACUCUUGCCUAUUGGGCAAGUACCGUAAAGUUCCGAAAGUAACGACCUCUUGAAAGUAGCAAACCUCCAAAUGAAGCAAUCCCUCCGAAAUUAACAACCCUCCAAAAGUAGAGACCUCAAAACUAAUUUCCCUUUUUUCAAAAAAAUGAUGGAUAUGAUAGAUAUCCUGAAGAAAUGCAACACCGAUCUGAGGUAUAUCAACAAUGAUUAUUUGACAAUCCUAUUCACAACUCUUAAAGUACAGGAUAAACACUACCCUUUUUCAAAAGUAUUCCCUUCAUUUUUUUUUGCGAUUUUAUUUUUUGAAGUGCCCAUGUGGAGUACAUGUUUAUGCCAUUCGAAAGUAACGAUCCCCCAAAAGUAGCGAGCCUCCGAAAGUAGCAAUAGUAGAAGGGUGCUAAAUCCAAAAGUACAUGUAACAACUCUCAUUACUUUCGGAACUUUACGGUCGACUUUUAAAGUUACGUGUCCGGCAUUAAAAUCUACUUGUCCCAGACCACUGGAUGGGACUUUUUUCAAGCCCUGCUUAAAGGGUUGUCACUUGUUUCCAUCUGCCAAACUGACAUUUUCCUCUCAGUGGCUCUCACAAGACAUUUCACUUUUCUUCCAUGAAAUUUCUCUGUCUCUUGAAAUUUCUGUUCAUAAAAGUCUAAGUCUCUUCAAUUUUCAAGGAAAAAAAAUUCCAAAUGGCACGAGUAGGAUUCGAUCUUGGAGCAUUGGAGUGCAUCACUUUAACCCCUUCACCACCGAGGAUUUGCUGACAAUGAAUGGUUUGAUUUGAAUAUAUAUAGCAACAACCCUAACGGUAACCCUAACCCUUACUUUGUGUACGAAUCAUUAAUAUGUCAACAUCAGUUUGGCAGAUGGAAACAAGUGUUGACUGUUUCAAGGUCACAGGGUCAAAGCAAGUGAUCUCUGGGGUUGUUUUUCACACAAAUCCUCUUUGUUAGUUCUAGAAGUCCUUUGGAGAACAUGGUAGCAUAUUUACAUUGAUUUCAGGACUAAAUGACUCAUUGUUUUGUUGCAGUUUUAUGGAUAUUUAUCACAACAACAGAAUAUGAUGCAGGUAAUUAGAAGUACAAAUUACUUGGGAAUAAUGGUCUUUUUUUAAAGAAUGAUUAAUGACUGAUCGAGGACCAUGACGAUGAUGUUGAUGAUGAUGAUUGAUGUUGAUUGACAAUGAUGAUGAUGAUCAUAGUGGUAACCAUGGUGAUGACAAUGGCGAUGACAGUGGCAAAGACAAUGACUUUGAUGAUGAUGAUGACAAUAAAAGUAUGCCUGACAGAACUCUUCCUGGAUUGACAUCUUCUUGCUGUUUCGAAAUAAAACUAGUGAAACUGAGGAAAAAAAUUUGUGAUUAGGCCAGUGGCAUAGAAAAUGUCUUAAAAAUUAACACCAUACCCCUCUCACCUCUAAAUGUGGCCAAGGUAAAAAGUCCAUAAAAAUUUCAAAAUUCUUUUCAUACAAUCCUAAAAAGUGAGGAGCUUCAUGCAAAAUGUAUGCAAAGAGGAUUUUCUUGAAUGGUAAAAGUUUAAGUGAUAAAUCACCCUGUCAUAACUUUGCCCAGGGCUGGUUAAGUACUUGCAAUAAUAAGCAAUAUGACUCUUUUUUACCAAUUAGGAUUACAUCAGAACAUCAACAUAUCAACGAGCAAUGUUGCAGAACUGUACAGAUUUUCAAGACAAGGUAUAAUCAGUCGUAAAAAAAGUGAAAAAUGCUUUGUGUUUGUGAAAGAUAACAGAAAUCAAUGUGCAAUUUUGCCAAGUUUAUAUACCAGCAAUACCUUGCUGUAGUUGAAGUUAGCUAUGCACUCUGCACUCUGCACUCUGCAUUAUAGGUUAUAAAACUAUCUGACUUUGUCUGUUUACAGGUGGUGAUUGAUGUCGGUGCUGGCUCAGGUGGGAAUUACACUUUGCAUUGAAAGUUUUACUAGUUAUGAUACAUGUAACCUGUAGGCAACUAUUAUAACUCUCAGCGCUGUUGUCAGCAUGUAUCUGUUUAUGUUUUUUUUCGCCAUUAAACCAUCUGAAUUUUUCUUGAAGGGAUUUUGUCAUUUUUUGCUGUACAAGCAGGAGCAAGGAAGGUGUAUGCUAUCGAAGCCAGCACAAUGGCAACACAUGCAGAGGUACUACUCCUUCAUAGUUGAAAUGCUUCUAACUCCUGUUAUCUCAUACUUCCCUCUUGUGAUGGACAUUUGGAAAGGUUUAAGGUCAAGUCGCCUGAUAUCAUCUUGCCCAAAGUUAUGUCACCCAAAAUUUUUAGUUAAUUUGCCUUUAAUGUUGAGUUAUCUUGCCUGAAAUUUUAUCAUGCUCAACAACAUCGUAACAUCCUUAUUGCACAUUUACUGCACUUGUUUUGUCUCAUCAAGGCUUAAAGAACGAGGUAUAUCACUGAUUCAUUGCACUUGUUUCAUUUCUUCAAGGGUUUAAGAAUGAGAUGUAUUACACCCUUAUCCUGCUUGUCUCGUCCUAUGAUGGUUUAAAGAACAUGAUAUACCACUAAAACUCUUCAUAAUUAAUUAACUGUAUUUUUCUAUGUAGUACACCUGACAAAAUUUUGGGCAACAUAACUCAUCAUUUUGGGUGACUUAACUAAAAAUAACAGGUUACAGAGCUCUGCUUUGGGGCGGCAUAACUUUGAGCACGAUGACUUUCGGGUAACUUGAGCGAUUACUGUUGGAAAUAGAACAAACCUUGUUGCUUAUUUUCCUAAGUUGCAUUAUUUUUCAUGCUCUUCAUGGCACACUCAAGAUUUUGCAAAUCAAAUUGUCAUGUACAUUACAUUGGUAUGCAUGCAUAGCCUAAGGCAUCUGAACAUGUUUGUUUUAUUAUUUUUUAUCUCUCAAUUUCAUAGGCUUUGAUAAAGCAAAAUAACUUGUCUGACAAAGUCAUUUUGAUCCCUGGAAAAGUUGAAGAGGUGAUGCAAUAAGCUGGUUUUAUUUGUUAGUAAAACAAUAAUCAUUCAUGCAGUUGCUUGGUGUACUAAAAAAUCAAAGAAAGAAACGUUAGGAAAACUUAAAUACAAAGUAUGGUCUUGCUGUCAAGCUAUAGAGAUGAGCAGUCACUACGUCAUGGUAGCAAAUUUCUGGAUCUCAACCAACCAGGCAAAAAAAAAAACGAAAAAAAUUGACAUGUAAGACUUUCCUGUGUACGAUUACACUCAGGAAAAUAAAAAUGGUAGCCCAUACUUUUCAUCUAUCGUUGGUCAAUGCAAACCAUUUCAAGAACAAUAAUUGUCGAGAUUCAGAAAAUUUUGCUACCAUGGUAACUUGACAUCAAUCUUCUUCUCUCCAUGAAACAUUACUUGUCAGUGAAAUGGAAUUAAUGAUUGCUUUUAUUUUAGGUUGAAAUUCCUGAGAAAGUUGAUGUAAUCAUUUCUGAACCCAUGGGAUACAUGUUAUAUAAUGAGAGAAUGUUAGAAAGUUAUCUUCAUGCCAAGAAAUGGCUAAAACCAGAUGGUAUGUCAACAUGAUCUGUAGUUACUACUUGUGCAAGAGAUUAUUAUAACUCUAUAUAUCCACUUUUUCUCCCAGCUCCAAUCACCCUUUUCAGCAUUUCCCAUCUUUUUCAUUUCUUCGAUUAACCACAUUUUCUCAUUUCCCAUUUUCUUUCUCUAGUUUCCCAGUUUCAGCUCCCAUUUCCCACUUUUUAUUCUGCCCUACUUCUUUUCUCCUUGUCCCUUCUCUUUGUCACAUUUCCCAGUUCCCAUUCUGUUUUUUGUGUUUGUCCCAAUUCACACCCUUCUUUUUGUCUUUUUUUCGCAAUUAAUUCCUGUCUCUUUCUCCCAUUUCGCAACAACCACCCCAUACAACAAUGAGUUGUUUCCUUGGGAUUAUAUUUUAAACCACAGUCCAACUUUCCUUUAAGCAAAAUUUAUUCCUGAAUUUUUUUUAAAACCUCAAGAGUUCCCUUUCUCAUCAGGGUUGUCAAAAGUAGGCGACUGCUGGUGAAAAUCGCCGCCUCCUUGGUUAGUAGCAGUCUGCUACUCUGCUUGGCAUUAAUUUACGAAUGAUGUUUUUUAAAUAAAAUAUCCCUGGACUGGUCGCUUACUUUGACAACUCAGCCGUCUACUUCAAAACUUUCUGACAACCCUGAUUACUUUUUCUCUUUUUCUUUCUUUUAUUUUUGCCCUUUGUUACCAGGUAAAAUGUUCCCUACCAGAGGAGAUCUUCAUGUUGCUCCAUUUUUCGAUGAUGCCCUAUACAUGGAACACUUCUCAAAAGCUAACUUCUGGUUGGUAUUUGCUGUAUAUAGUUGAAGUAAAUAAAUAAAUAAAUAAUGAUUUGGAGGUCGGAUAUCCACAAAGUGGUUCUUUGUCUACCUGAUUCCUGGUCGAAUUGAAAUGUGGAAGUGUUUUUUAAGAGAGGGGGAAACUGGAGUGCCUGGAGAAAAACCUCUCACAGCAAAGGAGAGAACCAACACAGGGUUGUCAAAAGUAGCCGCGGCUGCCGGCAAAAAUCGCCACCUACUUGGUUGGUAUUUGCCGGCUACUCUGCUUGGCAUUUCUUUAUGGAUAACUUUUUUAAAAUAAAAUAUCCCUGGACUGGCCGCUUACUUUGACAACUCAGCUGUCUACUUCAGCACUUUCUGACAACCCUGCAACAACAAACUCAACCCACAUAUGGUGUUGAUGCGGGGAUUUGAACCUGGGCCACAUUUGUGGGAGGUGAGUGCUCUUACCACUAUGCUAUCCUUGCUCCCCAUAAAGCAGUGGUUACUGCCAUAUUUGAGAUUUGUUUUCAGAAUAAUGAAGUAGGUUUCCAAUCAGUAAGUUUUAUACAUGCGCAUGUUUACUGGUCAAAUUUCACUUCAGGUUAAUUUUGAUGUAACCUAGAUUGAUCCUCAAUUUCCUGUACCUCCUAGCCCUAAGAAACAAAGGAAAUUGAGAAUCAACCUAGGUUAAAAAUUUUUAACCUUGAAACAAAUUUGUCCAGUAACAUUUACGUACUGAAUUGUGUUCCAUAUUAUUUUUUUAGGUAUCAAAAUUCAUUUUAUGGAGUGGAUCUGUCAAAUCUGAGAGACUCGGCCUUAGAGGAAUAUUUUCGACAACCGAUUGUUGUAUGUGAUAAUGUUUUCUUUAUAAAAUGAUUUAAUAUGACUUUUGCAUUCUGAUCAAAAAAGGCCUAAACCUUAAGCUGUAAGGAUGCACAUGAAAAAAAAAAUGACCAAUAACCUGAAUAAACAUAAUCUCAUCAGUUAUUAUUUAUUUAUUGUGUGUUUCUCUCAAGAAAUGUUAAAGUUCUAUUAUUUUGUUUAAAUGGUCACAUCGUGUGAUUUCUCCUACAGCCCUGAUAGUUUUCACCAUGUUAAAAAUAUGUUUUCAUAUUUAACUUUGAGCUUUGUAGGGUCCAGCUUGUAAUAUAGAAAUUACUCUGACUACUAGAAAUACAUAAAUCGCAGGACCUCUCUAAGGGCUUGGGGGGAAUGGCAAGUAAAGCCGAGAAGAAAAUUUACCAAAGUCAAGUGUUUAGCGCAAAGCAUGUAAUAAUGAUCCUUAAAAGUAGAAAUUUUUGGGUGAAAUUAUCUGUUAGAUGCAAAUCUUACUUUUGUGAAAUUCUCUUUAGGAUACUUUUGAUGUACGCAUUCUGAUGGCCAAGCCUGUGACACAUACUGUAGACUUUCUUAGUGCAGCUGAAGAAGAUCUACACAGGUACACCAGCUUUCAUCAGUUGGUAUUGUUUUUGGUUUGUAACUGCAUGUCAGUGGCAUCUUGUAUUCAAUUAUCAGAUCAAUAUUUGAUAUUAAAAGUUCCCAAGUUAUGCACAGUGUAAAAAUCUGUUAUUAUUAUAUCAUUAAACUCUUGAACUAACAUGUCUUGGAGGUUUUUUGUAACCGUUAAUUUGGACGUUAAAAUUUCAGGAUAGAAAUUCCCCUUCACUUUGUAGUACAUUCAGCUGGCACUGUUCACGGUCUUGCUUUCUGGUUCGAUGUUUUAUUUCAAGGUAGCAGGUAAGUUGUUGUGAUCAAAAUUUAUUAAUUUGAUGAUUGUGUGUGAAGUAUGCUUGGCUGAUGUUAAUAUUAUUUUGUAUUAAACAAUGGCAAAAUAAGCUGAAGUGAAGUCACUAUAUAUCAUAUCCUAUUUAAGUUUGACUUGAAUAUUUUAUCAAGCUUUUGAAAUAAAACUUAUACCUAAAUGCACAUUUUUAUCACAUACUUCUUUGUUAAUUCAAGGGUAUUUUGCUGAGUAAAUCCAAUCAUGAUUUUCAGAUACUCAUUACUUAUUAAAAAUUAAUUUGUUUAAUACUUAUAUUAAUUUUUAUCCCAAAUUGUCAAUUGGUACUUAUUUCAAAACUUAUAAACUAUUGUUCUACAGAUUCUUGUCGUUUUUGGUGAUUGAAGAUUGUAUUUUGUUCCUUAUAAAGUGAUGUUUUACUUUGCCUGACAGUGUUCCAGUUUGGCUUUCCACUGCUCCUCAGGAACCCCUUACUCACUGGUAUCAGGUAAAACAGAAUAUUUAGAAUUCUUCUUCAAUAGAGACCUUCUGAUAGGGCUCAAAAAAUGUUGUAAAUUAUGUAGAAAUUCCAAAAGAUUUAAUUACGUGGCAAAUUAAUUAUUAUACACUAAAUUUAAGUUGUUUCUUUCUUUCUUUCUUUAAUGAAGGCUCAUUACAUUGAUUGCGACCAUUAUCUUGAAAGAAAAAACAACCUCUCCAACUUCUACCUCUCUGUUAGAAUCAUUAAUAAUAAUAUUGAUUGACUAGCCCUAAAUCUCUGUCAAUUUUGAUGUCUAAAAUGGCAGGAGACCAUUACUUCCAAGAAUAGUAUCAUCCCUUGCAUUGCAAAAUACACCUGCUUUGUGGGUUAAUUUGUUCCAUAACGAAUUUUCUGUUUUAGGUUCGAUGUCUUCUUCGAAGUCCAUUAUUUGUUAAGGUUGGACAGUCCUUGUCAGGAAAAGUACUUCUCAUAUCAAACAGAAGGUACAGAUGAAUAAUAUUAUUAUUAGAGCUAUGAUCCUUGUUUUAAAAGAAUAGAGGUUGAAACCUCUAAAGGUGAACAGCAGUUUCUCCUUUAAGUAGCCUACUGCUCAAUUAAACAUACUGACUCAAGGUUGUGAGAAAAAAUGGAAAUGAUUAACAAGUGUUGUUAAAAAAAACUUGCAAGUGCCACAUGUAAUGUAUGGAGAACAGUUUGAAGAGUUAUAUGCUUGGUAUCAUAGGUUGCAGAGUGGAGACAUGAUCUAACCUCAGUUAGUAACGUCUGUGAAGCAGCGGUGAUAUCCUUCUUCUGGGCCACAACUGAUUUGACACAUUACCGGAAAUGCGUUUUGAACUUCCCUCUCACCUUAUUGGCAAAUUGACUAUGGCGUUUUGAACAGGCCAAGCAAAAAAUGGUGCAUACUUACUUACUUUACUGGUACACAGGUGAGGGCCCAGAAGAAGGAUUUUGGCACCAUAUUGCUGACGGACUUAUAACCUGAAGUUUAGUUCCAUCUGUGGCACAGGCUAUAUGCUUGGUGAUAUUGUUAAGGUCCUAAAUUAAGAUCAAACAAUGUGUGUUACUUUCUAUAUUAAAUGAAUUAAAUUUUACUCUCCCUUCAUUUUCAUCUACACCUAAUAGACAAAGCUAUGACGUUGAAAUAGAAGUCUCAGUGGAUGGAACUAACAUCAAAUCAACAAACAGUCUUGACCUAAAGAAUCCUUAUUUCCGCUACACUGGUAGCCAAACUGUAGUUCCCGCAGGUACAAACACAGUGUCACCAACUGAACUGUACUGGAACAGCUCCGUAGCCGGUGUUAGUGAAAAUGGUCUGGAUACAGGAUCUUGCGGUGCUCUUAUGGGUAAUGGACUUGGAAUUGGCUCAGUUGGCUCUUAUAGUGGAGGUUGGUAUGACCUGUACUCCCAAAAGUGCUGUCUUCGUGAAAAGGGCUCUCUUAAGGUUUCUUCACGUGAGCCCGGUUGACUGGGCUGGCUCGGUUUUCGGGGUCUCACCUUACCUCUAAAUCCUUAGUAAAAUUUUCAACGUGUUCAUGUGAAUGGUGGGAUCUCGGUAAGCGGGCUGGAAAUUUUGCCAAAUGAACACUUCAGUCCAGUUACCAGGAUGAAAGCAGGAUUAAUUCUGGUUGCCCUGGAUGGCAUCGUCUCGCAUUGCCUGCUGUAUUUUCCACAUCAUAAGCAUCCCAUUUAACUGCAGUGAUACAGCUAUAAGAGUUGCCAAAGCUAUGAAAGGCAUGAAAGUUAUAACUUUGUGUUUAGCUAAGUUUGCUUUGUUUCUUGAAUUUCACGCCAGAACUCGCUCCAGGAUCUUCUGCCUUUUCCCAUCUCGGAAACCAGGCUGAAAUUUCUUAUAUGAAGCCAAGGCGAAAUUGGUCCUGGUAACCCAGCCAGCCCAGUCAACUGGGUGCACAUGAAGAGGCCUUUUUAAUUAGUGUUGAGUCAAUGCUGUGUAACACAGAGAGUGGUCACAAGAAUUAACAAUAUGACAUCACAGGACAAAUUAAAUUGACACUUAAACUAAUAAGAAGUCUACACUAUUUUUAUAGAAAAAUGUAAAGACAGAGGACCAGGGUGCAAAGAAAAAGGAGUUUUUAAAGCUUGUAACUAGCAUUUACUGGCCUGAAAGUCCUUUUAACUAGGCUGGGGAAAAACUCUUUGAUUAAUGAUUAAUUUAUUAGCUUUUUCUCGAUCUUUUUUUUUGGCAUGCUGCAGGAUAAAAAGUUCUUGUGGAGGAAUCAACGUUUUCCUGCCAGGGAAUACAAUGUUUUGGGCUUGUUUUUUGUUAACAACUAGCUGCCAGUAUCAAUUUUUAAGCCCAAAAUCAACUCAUGCAUUAUGCAUGAGCACUGAUCUCAUGAAAGAAGAACAAUUUCUCAUUCCUGACUCACAAAUCUGGAUGAAUGCUUCUUGAGCUCAUGAUGUAUAACAAAAAUACAAUUCAGUUUGCCAAAAAAUAUUCCAAAAAGGUGCUUAAUGUUGACUUUGUACAUCCUAAUAGUAUCACAACAUGCUAAAAUUUUUGCCUUUGAAAUAGCUUCAAAAAUGCUCAAAAGUUGGACAUCUUUCAACAUUUUCGGCAAAGUGUGAGCGUCUUUGGAAAAUCUUUAAAAUGUUCAGAAAAAAUUGCUGGAAGUUGGUGGGAUUAUUUCAUAAAUUCAGGUCAUCACAAGAACAAAUCUCACACUGUUGGGUCAGAAAAAGUUGGCAGGUAUACCUUUCUACCAACUAAUUUUUCUUUAUCAUUCUUUAGCAGGGGGCAUUCUAGGUGCCUCGCCUUAUGCUCUUGGAGGUAUCCCAAGUGGGAUGCCAGUAGUCAGUGCUGUUCCAAAUGCAACAUCCCUUGAAGGAAACUCCAGUCACUAUGUUACAAACAGAUAUGUUGUUGGAAAUCAAGCAGCCAUUGUUCACGGCUACGGUGGAACUAGCUGUGGGGAAUACAUUAGCAGUAAAGGUGCUUAUCAUUCAAUGGUGUACUCGCGGUGAAGUUUGCCUUGUCACAGUGGCCAAGUUGUCUGAAAUCGAUAAUAUUUUCAUCUAUGGAAGUGACUGAGAAGUUCCAUAACCUAAGCAAAUUAAGUACAGUACUGCUCAAUACCUUUGAAAUGAAUACUCCAUUGUGGAGGUUUUUUUUAUGUGGACUAAAAAGUUAAAACUGUCUUGUCAAGCAUAACAGUCUGUACCACGGCUGGAAAGUAGUGCUUGGUUGUUUUUCGUACUUUCCAGGUUUUUUCGCUUAGAAGCAUUCUUUACAGCUCUAUUUUUAGUGCCUGAGGGAAAACAAUGCAAAGUAGGUCAUUUUUCGCAGAAUCAAAAAUGGGUGAAUUAAGCCACUCUGAAAUGCCUAGUAAUCAACCAAAAUUAAUGAACUAGGAGGUACAUGUAGGAACCAGGAGGUAGCUCAUUACAGCUGUAGCUUUCAUUUGAAUGGUCAAACUGUUUUUGUUCACAGACUCAAAAGUUAGGACCACCUUGUAAAGAGUAACAAACAGAACCACAGGAAAGUGCUGUUUAUCAGUUUUCAUACAUAAAAUGGUCCUCAGGCUAGUACUUUCAGACUCAAAAGGUUGAAUUAUGUUUUAUUAUAUGGCUGAAUCCGCGAGUGGGCAAGAUGUAGCAAAUCCCGUGUUCUGAUUGGCUACGUGAAUGGGCAAGAGGGGCUUGCCCAUCUUGUCCGCUCAGGAUUUCCCACAUUGAUCCCUAAAGAAAAGGUUUUCUUUUGGCCAUAUGAUAAAUCCUUUAUUGACCAGGUUUGUUCGGUCAAGAUGGCUGUAUGUUGACCUCAUUCCUUUUUUGCAGUUUUAUUGACCUCAACUUCCUCUCAGUCAAUAAAAAUGCAUUAAAGAACUUGGCCAAUAAUACAACCUUUUUGACCAAACAAGCAUAAUUGGUCAAUAACACUUAUGUAUAAGAUAAUUGACUAUAUAAAUGGGAAAGUAAAAUGGCCAAAACAGUUUAGUUUUACCCUCAAACGUGAUUCUGGAAUGUUAUAAUUUUCAUGUGGCAAGAUUACUUCUUUCUGUUGAAUAGUAACUCUUAUGCAUCAACAAUGUACUUUAAAGUUAAGAUUAGACACGUCAUGUGGCAUAAGUAAUUUUAACUAGGUUUUGCUUUGGACGGGAAAGAGGAUAGUUGUAAAUAUUUCAAGAGUGCUUGGCAUUUUACGAGGUUUGUGGCUUUGUAUGGCACUAAAAUAAUAUAAUUAUUAUGUUUUGCACUGAAUAUAAAUGUGACCAGGGACAUUGUACAUAAUUUUUGAUGGAAAUGCUUUUAUGUCGCUGGGCUUUUAUGUUGCAGUUGUGGGUAUUAUUAUUUUGUCUUCAUUUUGCACGGCAUUUGUGUGAAUCAGACCUAAACUGAUUCAUUUGGCAGCUGUUUACUCUUAAGCUUAACAUAUAGCUUCAUGAUAUUCCUGUGGGAAAAAUUUUUUCACUAUUAAUAAUAAUUAUUAACUGUAAGCUUAACUACAGUAUGAAGAGUUACUUUGGUACUUUUAAUUAAAAUUGAAACUUUGUGUUAAAGAUUAUCUUUUGUAACAUUGUGAAUUCCACUUUUUAUCACUUAAGUUAAAUUAACAGAGAUUCUGUAGGAUAUAGUAUAUUAUUACUAUGCUCUAUAAGUUCAUAUCAAUAUAUUUUACUUCAAGUACAAAAACUGAAAAGC